AUGACAUCUACAAAAGAAAGCACUGAAGGUCCUUGGAAGCUGCUGCUUGAAAAGACUCACCACAGUGAUGCAUCUCAAGAUGAACACAAGUACGGGAUUUCGGUCAUCCACCUUCCAACUGGUCGCACAAUCAAACACUUGACAGGUAGUGAUGUGGUUACCAAGUUUGGAGAGUUUUCUUCAGGAUACAAAAUGCCCGAGCUGAUACGCAAGAAGGGCAAAGAUGGCAGUGAAACUAUUCAACUGAAGGUGUUGAGCUGCAAGACAGGUGAAGAUGAGAUGUUUGCUCUUAAGGAGCCAGCCGGAGCUUCCUCCUGA